AAGCAACAUAUUUUUCUCCUAGCUUGCCGCCUUCCGCAUGCCGGCCGGAAUGGCCAUGACGGACUUCAAGUUCCGUGAGGCGAUGCUGAGCUGCUUUGAGCUGAUGGCCACACACGAGGCCAACCAGGAGGGUGUUGCCUUGCUCUUCCUUCUGGGGGUGCUGAUGACGGCAAGGGGCUUCGCAGUCAUGAAGACUCUCUUCGUGUCUUCCUUUAGCCUGACUUUGACCAUCCGCUUAUGCGUAGUGGCAAGCCAGGAAGCCUGGACCCUGGUGGGCCUGCUGUGUGCCUUGAUGGUGCUGCCUUGCGCGGUCAUUGUGGCUGACCGCCUCUACCCCGUCUUCGCCUUCGCCCUUGGCUGCUGCUUCGGCGCCGGCGCCGUGGUUGUCCUCAGAGUUCCCCUCGGCUUGGCUUCUGAGCAGAUCUUUCUAGGCUUCCAGAUCGCUUUGGGCAUUUGCUCAGGCGCCGCGCUGCUGCAGCUGCGCAUGCUGGGCUGGCGCCUCAGCACCCCGCUGCUGGGGGGUCUCCUGGUGGCCGCGAGCCUGCGCUUUGCCGCGAACGCGGCUUUGGGCGACAGUCUUGAAUCCUUUCUGGAUUUCCUGCGCAUCGAUGGGGAUCUAUCGGAUCCGAUCUACGUGCUUUUCCUUUGCACCUGGGGCAUCUGUAGCCUGCUGGGCUGGUUCUCACAAUUCAGCCGCUUCAUGGGCCUGGAGGACCCCUGCGCGCUGCCAAAGCCGCUGGUGGAGCUCUUGAAGCGAGCGCAGGAGUGCCUUCCCUUCUUCUCCGACAGCGGGGAGGAAUUUGCGGAGCGCCUAUUGCCAGAGUGGAAGGACGCCCACGAGCCCUUCCUGGCCAAGCCCAAGAUCUCAGCCGCACGACACUACGAGACCGCCGUCAUCCUUGUGAUCUCGGUCCUUGCGGUGCUACUGCUGAGCUGUUUGAUAGUCAGCCGUCCGAUGCUUGUGGGGCACAUUGUGCUCAUGUCUUUUGCCUUCGUCCCGCUGGUGAAUGCAGGCAUGCUGAGCUAUGCGCCCGCGCUGCGGCAUCAAGACAGGAACCCCUGGCUGCGGCAUAUGAACCAUGCCAGCUUCAACAUCAUGGCGUUGCUGUGCGCAUUGGGCGGCUACUUGUGUAUGCAGUUGGACGGCGACCGGCAGACUUCUGAGACCAUGCCAGAGCGGACUUUGUCCUUGCUACAUGUGUGGCUUGGGUACGCCGUGUUGGGGAUGUUCUUCAUCCUCACCUUCACCGGGGUUGUGAAACUUGUCGCCACCUUGGGCGAUGGCAACAGCUCUAGCGAGCUAUCGCUGCCGGCGGCGUUUCAUGGGCGCCUCGGGAAGUGGACGUAUGGACUCGCCGCGGCCACCCAGAUCUCGGGAUACUUCAUGAAAGACGUGAUGCCUCGCGGGGCUGCGAUGAUGAUGACAAGCAUCCUCAUAGCAGUGUCUGCAGCCACUUGCCAGCAGAUGCGGAACCGGACGCAGAAGGAAGGCGACCAACCUGCUGUAGAGGACGUCCUUCCAAUCAAGGUGGCUAGCGCCAGCUCGGCGCUCACCAGAAUGAACAGCGACACGACGGUGCGCACUGCCUCGUCGAGCAGCGGAAAGCCACUGCUUCUCUCGAGGAGUCCAAUACCUUCGUUCAACAAGACUCUGGUGGACAAGCUGAAAUUCAGACAGUUCGAGGCAUUGCUGACGCUCUACUUCAGCCGUUGGCAGCGAAAUGUGCAGUCUAUCCGUAUCUCCUGCGCCAACGCUGAGAUCAACAGUUCCUCCAACCUUGUGGAUUUCUUGUCCUCAGCGAUCGUGUCAGCCGAAUCGGCUCGACAGCUGUGAACGGCGUUACCCAGACCUCCAGUCAAACGAGUGAGUUGUUCUUCGUUUUGGGCGGAA